UUGAGAAUCCUCUUUCUAGCAAUUGAUCUUUGUUAUUCGGGUCCACAUCGAUUCUACCCGACCCGACUGAGUUCGUCCUCUGCUUAAACUGGUCAAUCUGUCAUGGACCGUUGGAGUGGAAUAUUGAAGGUUCCUAUGUUUCCAGGUAGCAGAGGUCACUAUAAAGUUGCAGCAUCUCUAUGUAUCUCAACUUCUUCUAGAAACCCAACUGUGCCUUCUAUGAAUGCUAUUUUCUUUAAUGGCGACAGAGUCAGAGGGACCGGGAAUCCAGUGAUUGAUAGACUGUCUGAUCUUGAAAGAAUAGCUGAAAUUAUUGUUUCGAAACUUGGUGAAAAUGUUAAUGCCUGGGUUAUUGAGGCUUCUAAGUUUAAUGGACCCUUUGCUGUUUACAAGGAUUUCAUCCCAUCAGUAAACCAGUGGGGAGAACCGAAAUCAUACAACGCAACUGGAUAUCCAGCUUCUACAUCCAUUGUUUCACUGUUAUCAAGUUGUCUCACAGAGGCUAAAAAUAUCAUUUCAAAUAGGCUUGAGGAACCAUCUGCCAUUGAAGCUCCAGGGUCAUGUUUUUCUCAACCGAAAACAUUGCUGUUUGGAUUCAGCAAGGGUGGCACUGUACUUAACCAGCUAGUUACCGAGCUUGCCUUUUCCGAACUCAAUUCAAUCACAGUUCCGUCCCAAGACAAAAAAGAGAUUAUUCCAACUUCAAAAGAAAGUCUUCUAAACAGUAUAACUGAAAUCCAUUAUGUGGAUGUUGGAUUGAACUCUAAUGGAGCAUAUAUUACUGAUCAAGACACCAUCGGUAGAAUCUCUAAACGUCUUUCAGAAGGAGCCACGGGAAUACGCUUUGUUCUUCAUGGAACACCAAGACAAUGGCGUGAUAGCAUGCGGGUUUGGGUUGGGAAGGAAAAAGACACGAUGGUUCAUCUUCUUGAUGCUGAAUCUCAACUUUGCGGUGAAAAAUUGAGCGUAUGUGAAAGGUUUUAUUUUGCUAACAAGCCAGCCAAUAUGCAGAUGCAUUUCGAAGUAAUUGAAAGCAUGGAUAUUAGUUGAGUU